CUGUUUUGUUUUCAUGUUUUUGUCCGUUGACGCGGUAGUAUGAAAUUUGACAUAGUAAACUCUGUUGACUCUUUCAAAAUAUGUAAUUCAUAUAGCGCAAUGAACCCAAAAGUAUUUAUUCUUUAGAGAAAGUGAAGAGUCUGCUGCUUACUCCAAAUGACUGAAGACGCUGCCACUGUCGCGGGGCUUUCGCUUCCCCCAAAAGUUGUUGGCAAAGUAAAUGGGCAUUUGGUUAUGAAAGUUGAUGAAGUUCUGUGGGCUCGUAAACCACCUGGUGAAGUAUCUGCUGUUGUUUUGUGGUGGGGAGGUGAUGAACCUACCACAUUCCGGCCCAGUGAUGUUGCUGAAGAUUCAGUAAAGAGAAGAAGCGCUGGUGUUAUCUAUGAAAUACGCACCUCACUGGAUUUAUUUGAAAAGUAUCUGCGGAAGUGUGGAGGACUUGAAAUUGCAGUAGCCGAUAAAUAUGGCAUGCCAAUUGGAUGCGUCACUGUCAUGGAUAUUUGGCAAAUGAUAUCAAGUAGCCCAUUUCAGGGAUACUUUCCUAUAGUUAAUAAUUUUGGAAAUCGUAUUGGUGAUUUGCAUGUUAGUUUCAAUUUACGCAUGCAGAGCAGUAUAGCAAAUGGCAAUCUUACAGUGCUUAAGGCUCCCAACAAGCAAGGAUUUAAAACAAAAGACUUAAAGCGUCUCAGCCCUCCCAGGGCAAAACAGUCUACAUCUUAUAGUAACAGUAAAGAAGAAAAGACAAAGAAGAAUGAGAAAGUUUUGAAGGAUAUACAUAUCGAAAGUAGAAUUGUACCUGACUUAUCUUCUCCAUGUGACUCUACAACUGGAAAUUCAAAUGAAGAUCGUAAUAAUGCAGAGCGCACAGAGAUUUCUGAGAAGAGGGCGUCUCCUACCAGUAACAUAAUAUCACAAAUACUUGAGCAUGGUACUAGAAUAAGGGAUGCCAUGACUGCUUCUGUUAUAGAAGAUAAAAUUCAAUUAGACUUCAAAAAUGUACCCGAUAUUAAUGGAUUAUCAUCGCUUGCGGAAGCCACAGGGGGUCUCACAUUAGGAUCUGACAGUUGCACACCUGUUGAUGAAACUACAUGCCAAGUAAAUUUAAAAUCCUGUCGUGAAACUAUACCUGUUGUCAAACAAAAGGUUAUAGACUAUUUGUCUGGUAAGCCAAUGUCUGCCUGUGAAGAAAAAGAAGCCCUUGCAGCCAUUAGAAAUAUGACUCCGACGAAAGACAUACUUGAAAGUGUACCAGACAUACAUACUAAAUUUCAGCAAAAAGAUUCUUCCCAGUCAUCUGAUUUACAUGCAAAGGAAUCCUCAGAAAUUGUCACCAACAUAACAGACUACUCUGAAAGUACUCCAUUAUGUGAUGAAAAUCAGUGUUCAUUUGAGAUUGAUCGCCAGCUUCUUUCACAAAUCAAUUGCCUUCGCAUUACUAUUCUUAGUUUGGUCCUUAACUCAAAUGGCAUUAAAAGAGUAGGUUCUCAUCCAAAGAAGAAAAGUUGCGUCAGUCAGUCGGCUCUCAGUUUACAACCUCCUGGAGUGACUUACUUUGUGGAAUACAAAUUUCCUUUACCAUCAGGAAGCCGUCCAUGGGAAUCUAAUGUACGUUACUGCUCCAAAAAAAUUUCUGACCAUGAAAUUACAUUUGGGGAUAGGACUGUUCACAAUCUUCCAACUUCUUGGCACAGCUCUAGCUCUGAAGAAUCAAAAUGGAUUUCACUUGUUUCAUCUUUCUCUUUCAAAGUAUGUGCAAGGCAUUUGCACCAACGAGUCCCAAUUGUGCUUGGUUUGGCUUCACCUGACUCAGCUAAACCACUGAUUGAAUCCAACCAUCUCCGGCAUAAUUUUGAUCUUCCUGUCAUGGAUUCUAAUUGCCUCCCUAUUGCUCAGCUAAGAGUUUGUCUUGAGUUGGGAAGAGAUCGCAUUCACUUUGGAGGGCUAUUAGAUCCAGAGAACAACUCACUUGGCAUGAAAAGUCCAAGAUCUACCUCUUCAAACAAGGGUCAACAAUCUUUGAGCAAAAAGAAAUUAGGCAAAAGUGUCACAACUGUUACAAGGAAUAUAUCUACCAAAUCUUUAACAGCUCCAAAAAUUCCCUUGCAACAAGCUACUCAAGCUGAUCGUCUGAUAAAAAAAUUAGUUGAUAAUGCAAAUGUUUCAUUGAAAUCAAAACAGUCCUCAGAGACGUCAAGCUUGCCAUCAACUGAGAGGUCUUACCAUAGCCAAACCAACUCCCAUGUACCGCGUGAAAAUAUUAAGUUUUCUACAUAUAUAACUGGCUGCUCAACAAAUGUUGGUACUCUGCCAUCGGAGCAAUUCAUCAAGCAUGAGCUAGCACUGACCAUUCUUCAGGUUGUUGGAACAGAUGUUUUGAAUAAGUCAUCAGGCAAACAUCUUCGUUUUUAUGUAACUUACGAAUUUCCAGUUGUAAAUGCUUUGAAGAAGAGCACAGUUGAUUGGCGUUCAUGUUCAACUGAAACAUCCCAGAAUGAGGAUGGUUCAUGGAUGCAAUCUCAGCAUCAAAUUCAUGCCGUAAUCAUUCCUGAGAAAGAAUUAUUCCAUGACUUUCUGAGACAGACAUUUAAAUAUCAAGGAACAACUGGAAAGGCAUGCAUUACCUUUUCACUAUGCGUCAGACUUUAUGGAGAGAAAGUGCAAGAUUUUCUUGUUGCUGAGACAUAUCUUCCUAUUUCUUGCCUUUCAACUCUGGAAGAUGCUUAUAAGGAAGCAGCAAGGACUAAACCAAACUUUUCUUCAUCAUCUUGUUCAUGCAUGGUCUUGGACCUACCACUUGAGCCUUUAUCCUCUAGAGGAAACCAAAUAGAUUCAGAAAACAAUGGGAGUCUUCGAGUUAAAGUAGAUUAUAGGCAUUCUGUUGUUCAACAUUCUCUUUACAGAGGAUAUUUUCCAGGCAGCCGAGGCGAUUCCAUCUCAGAAAACAUUCCAUACUCAAAUUUGGAGGAAUCGCUCAAUACUGGCGAAAUGAUUACAAAACAUCAUAAAUCAUCAGAAGGGGACUUGAAUCUUGGCAGAACACCCUUAUCUGUGCCCAAUUGGGCAAGAUCUCCUGAUAAGAAGUUUAUUGCCCCAUCCACCACUGGUGAUGGUCUGCAGUUUGUAGAGGCUCUAGAUUUAAACCAAAAAUCAGAUAUGUCUUCCAAAAAUUUACAUGCCUCCUGGGAACCAGCCUCCUGGAGAGAAACACAAAAGAGUGCCUAUUUGCCAACAAGUUUACCAGUUAAAAAUAAAGUUCAAAGAAGUGUCGCUGAUGUCAUUAAUGAAACCAAGAAAUAUAAUCCAAAGCCUGGUUUGAAGGAAAGUCCAGACUCCUAUAAUGUGUGUACUGGAAACAGAAGCCCACACACUGUCCAAUUGAGUACUGACCCUAUGGAAGAGUGUAAUAUGGCUACUCCUUCGACUCAAAAGCAUUGGAUGACUAAAAAUAAGGCAGAUGCAGAAACUAGCACGAGUUCUACUGAAAAUCAAGUUAAUGUCAAGCAUAUGUCAACAAGAGGUACGAGCCCUAUCAUACUUUGUGCUGGGACAGCCCAGGAUGAAGUUGAAAACAAAGCAGCGAGCAGAGAGACUAAAUGUGAUCAAAAGGAUAAAGCACAACAGAUUUUCAUCAAUACAGUUCAUCAAGAGAGUCAAACAACACCUAGAGGACAAGAAAUUCUCAAGAAGGAUGUUGGAACUUUUGCUUACAGUGACCACCAUGAUUGCGAAAGUCCUAACACAGUUCCUGUUAAAACAGAUGUGUCAGUACUUCCCCGCUCAAGUAUAGACGAGGUGGAAACUAUAGAAGUAGACUCGGAGCCAGUAUUGUCUAAGAAAUCUUCUCUCCAAACCAGAGACAGACAAGAAACAAUGAAUUGUGUGCCUGACUCAUUGCCAAGUUUGUCUUCAGAUUCGAUUUUAGAUUCUAGCAUCAUACCAAAAACAUUUAGAGCAAAAGUUGGAGUAGAAUGUGCCUUACAUUUACAGUCAACAACAGGGCCUGUGUCAGACCUGCAUCAGAACAUCCAGUCCUUUGUAUUUGUCAGUCUUAAUCCCUGUGGGUUAGAUGGUACUGUAUCGACUAGUAUGUGUCAUAAUCCUAUUUCAAUUAGCCCUGCAGUUCUCAAUAAUGGUGAACCUGAAUGGCACUGGGAGAAGGAAGUUGUUCUACCACUUGACCUUCUUGUGUUGACUAUGAAAAGACUUAUUUUUAAAAUUUGGGAGAGCAACAGUGUUAUUACAGAACAUAAAGUGAGAGAUAUGGAGUCUGCAAAAUUAAUAGGUUUUUCCACCCUUGACCUGACUGUUCUUUCAGCUGGUCUCCCCUCAAUAUGUGGAUGGUACAAUGUUAUGGAUUUUUCUGGCACUUGUCGAGGACAAAUAAAACUGUCAGUCGAACCACUGGAGAAGAUUUCGGAAAUCGUAGAUUUUUCACCAUUGCCAUGUGAUGAUAAUCCUCAGACAAGUUCUGUACAUUCUAUGUUUGUGGCCCAUUGUGCAUAUCCAAAAUUUCCCUCACAUGUCACACAGUUUCCUGAUAUCCUUGUACAGAGGGUAGAUUCACAGACUACAAAUCAGGCCACAACAUCUAUACUGAGCAACUAUGAGCUGCUUAUCAAGCAUAAAAAAGGGGUUGAGCCUCCAUGUGAUACUCAAGAAUCAACUCAUCAUACUCAUAAAAUGAAGACAAGCCCUUCAAUUGCUUUGCAAAGAAAAUGUGAAAGUACAUCUCUUUCUUCAUCAGCUCAACAGAAUGGGAAGAAGUGUGAUUCCAUCCUUACCUCCACAGCAAUCGCUCACCCAUGUGGUGGAGCUAGAGAAUCUAAUGCUGAUGCCAAAGAUUAUAAAGAUCCAUCAACUGUCUUGAGGGAAAAAUUGUCUGAGUUAGAUGAAAUUACUAAAAACUUCAAAGCAAGAUUAAUAUCUAAUGGGGAAGCUGCAUCUUCAUCAGACUCCAACAUCAGACCGUUUGGUAUUCCAAAGGAAAGCAAAGAUCAUGCUACAUGUCAGAUGUUUGACACCAGGAUUAAUUCAAAUAACCCAUUGCUAAGGGAUAGUAGAAAGUGUGGUUCCUGUUCACAUUCCAUAAUUGAACAGAACCUCCAGGACACAGUAGAAGAAUAUGGUACUAAUUUCAACAAGAGUAGAGAUGUUCAAUUAAAUUCAGAAAUACCUGAUACCUGUAAAAGUUAUAAUCCUAGAAAUGAAAAAGAUCAGGCUUCUCAAAAGCAACGAAAAAUGUGGGAGAGGCAGGAAGAUCUGAUAGACUUUGGAAAGUUGGGUAUAGACACUGAAGAUGAAGAGUCGGUGUCACAGAAUGAGGAUUUAGGAGAGUGGCUAUCUGAAUCUGCAAUGCAACAUGUUUUUAAUCCCUACUUGUUCAAUGAUAUACUGAACAGUAUGAACUCCAGCAGAGGUGUUACGGUGAUUGAGCUUGAUGACACUGGAACCCCAGAGGACUCUCCAGCCUCAACCUCUCGUGAGACUGAUACUAAUGACAUAGUACAAGUAGACCCUGAGACGGUUCAUGUAUGUAGAAAUAAAAGAGGUGAUGAAACAUUCAGGAAAAGAGCAUCUGAAAUUAAAAGAAGUGAAGGAUUCACAAUUCGACAGACCAACCGAAGUGGCUUCUCUGCUGGAGAUGCUGAUUCAGGUGUGGAUGUAGAUCUUUCUUCAAACUUCCACUCUGGAUUAUUUUUCCCAGCUUCAGCUGCUCAUCAUGAACCAUUUUUACCAAAUCGUUCUGCUCCAAGAAGUUCUAGAGCAGAUAUUGAAAGGGAAGGAUCAUCUUCAUGUUCAUCAAGGUAUCACCAAUCUACUGUUCCUUCAUCUGCAUCUGCAACUCCAUCAGAGUCUCCUUCACACACUACCCAUUCUGACCGCAAAGGAUCUACAUCCCAAACCACCUGCUCAUCUCAUGUUUUGGGCUCUGUCAAUGCCGCCAAAUUUCAUUCAUCAUCAAGAAACAGUUGAGAUAUGUCUAAUAUACAUGUCUAGAUUUUUAUUUGUUAGUUUUGAAGUGAAGGCUGGGUAUGAAUUAAUUUUCUAUUAUCGGGCCUUCAAGUAAAAGGCAUGGAAGAAGACAUUUCUCUCUUCCAACAAUAAUGUAAUUAAGUGUCACAGAUUAGGUAAUUUUGUUUUGUUGAUUUCUUUAGUAUGGACUGAAUAUUUGCUCAAAUUAUUAAUUUAUGAAUGAGUUAUGAACUGUUAAUGUAUUGUUUGUCUCAUGGGAGCACAGGAAGGGAAUAAGAUUUGAUGUUUUCGUAAUUUUAAUGAGGGGCCACUACUGUAUGUAUCUAUGGAAAUAUGCAUGGACUGUAUUUAAAUGACUAAUGUAUUGACUUAUUUGAGCUUUAAAUUUAGAAAACUACCAGUACAAAUGGUGAUGAUGUAUGAUCCAAAUAUAUGCAAUUUGCUGUGUGAAGCUAA